AGCGCAGCCGAGCCGAGCGCCUCCAGCGGGCAGAGCCAGGGGGAACCCCAGGCCGGCCGCGGAGCCAGCGCCCACCCCGUCGGCCGCCCACGCCUCUCGCCCCUCAGUGGCGGCAGCAGCAGCCCAGCCGCCGUCGACGUGUAGUAGCCCCGGCAAGCAAAGCCCGCUUCCCCCGGCGCGCCCCCAUGGCCGCGGCCAAGGCCGAGAUGCAGCUGCUGCCCUCGCUGCAGAUGGCCGAUCCCUUCGGCUCCUUCCCGCACUCGCCCCCCACCAUGGACACCAACUACCCCAAGCUGGAGGAGAUCAUGCUGCUGGCCGGAGGGGGACCGCAGUUCCUCAGCUCCGCCGGCGGCACAGAGAGCGGCGGCGGCGGCUUCAACCCCUCCGGUGAAGGCGGAGAACAGUCCUUCGAGCACCUCGCCGCAGACACUUUCCCCGAGAUCUCUCUGAACGGCGAGAAGUCCCUGGUGGAGACGAGCUACCCGAGCCAGACCACCCGCCUGCCGCCCAUCACCUACACCGGCCGCUUCUCCCUGGAGCCGGCGUCGAGCGGAGGCGGCAGCAACCCGCUGUGGCCGGAGCCCCUGUUCAGCCUGGUGAGCGGCCUGGUGGGCAUGGCCACGUCCAGCGCGCCGUCGACCCAGGCGUCGUCCGCUUCGCCGCCCAUCUCGUCGUCCGCCUCGGCCAGCCCGGCCCUGAGCUGCUCGGUGCAGGCCAGCGACACCGGCCCCAUCUACUCGGCGGCGCCCACCUUCCCGAGCCCCGGCGCCGGCGAGAUCUUCCCGGAGCCGUCGGGCCAGGCCUUCCCCAGCCCGUCGGGGGGCGCGCUGCAGUUCCCUCCGCCCGCUUACCCGGCGGCCAAGGGCGGCUUCCAGCUACCAAUCAUCCCGGACUACUUGUUCCCGCAGCAGCCGCCGCAGCAGGGCGAGCACGGCCUGGGCUCCGCGGACCAGAAGCCUUUCUCGAGCCCGCAGCCGUCCCUCACGCCGCUCUCCACUAUCAAAGCCUUCGCCACGCAGAGCAGCGGCGGCGGCGGCGGCGGCCAGCAGGAGCCCAAGAGCCUCCCGGGCGGCGGUGGCACGUACCCGUCGCAGCUGGUCAAACCGAGCCGCAUGAGGAAAUACCCCAACCGGCCCAGCAAGACGCCGCCGCACGAGCGGCCCUACGCCUGCCCCGUCGAGUCGUGCGACCGGCGCUUCUCGCGCUCCGACGAGCUCACGCGCCACAUCCGCAUCCACACGGGCCAGAAGCCCUUCCAGUGCCGCAUCUGCAUGCGCAACUUCAGCCGGAGCGACCAUCUCACCACGCACAUCCGCACGCACACCGGCGAGAAGCCCUUCGCCUGCGACAUCUGUGGCCGCAAGUUCGCCCGCAGCGACGAGAGGAAGCGCCACACCAAGAUCCACCUCCGGCAGAAGGACAAGAAGGCUGACAAGGGCCCGGCCACGGCCCCACCACCACCCCCGCCGCCUGCCGCCGCCUCCCCGCUGGCCCCCUACUCCGCCUCCCCGGGGACGGCCUCCUACCCCUCUCCCGCCGCCACGUCGUUCCCCUCGCCCGUGCCUGCUUCCUACUCCUCGCCCGUGAGCUCGUACUCUUCUCCCGUGACGUCGUACUCUUCCCCCGUGACGUCGUACUCUUCCCCCGUGACGUCACCCUUCCCCUCCUUCCCAUCGCCCUCGGUGGCCACCAGCUACGCUUCCAUCGCCUCGUCCUCCUUCCAGAGCCAGGCGUCGGUCACCCCUUUCCCCUCCCCCGGGGGCAUGUCCAGCCCCUUCAGCUCCCAAGUGACUUCCGCACUUUCCGACCUGGCCUCCACUUUCUCGCCACGGACCAUUGAGAUCUGUUGAGAGGAGGAAGCUGGGACCAAUUAGCAACCACACAAAAGAAAGAAAAGAAGAAAGAAAGAAAAGUCACGCACUCCAGGGGCGGGGUGGGGGCAGGAUGAUGAAUCUUCCCAGGGCCUCGGUGUGGGCCUGGGGGGAGAGCUGACCCCUGGCCAGGCCAGCCCCAACUUUUCGGGAUCCCUGGACUUUUCUUUCAACUUCAACUGCCUGAAAGAUAACACCACAAACUCCAGGGCAUCGCAGUCCCUCCACUUCUGUGCAAGAGCUUAAUCUGCAUGGACGAUAUAGAUAUCUUACUUCAUGAUCAUUUUCGCCCCCCUCUUUCCACAAAGCCGCGAUUCAUUAGGAAGCAAGAGACUUUGGACUCCAUGCAUAGACAAUAUAAUAUUGUAUAUGUGCCAUGGCUUUGCUUUCCUUCUGGGUUCUUCUUGACGUGAAAAAUCUCUUUGCAUAUUCAUAUCGCAUUAUUUGGAGUACAAAGGGCCAUCUUCUUCCCUCUCUAUUUUUUUUUUAUUUUAUUUUUUGUAAAUGGUAAUUUUUGCUCUUUUAGUGAUGGCGAAGCUGUAAUGGGUUUUACAACUUGUUUUGGGGGAGGGGAGGGGGGAAAGCAGCACUUAACUAUGUAUUUGAGCAUGUCAAAAGAGUGUGUGAUGUUCUUUGUAAAUAUCACCUUGAAGAUGAAACACUCUCACGUGGCAAAAAAAAAAAAAAAGUUUUUGUUUGGUUUUUGGUUUUUAAGUCCCAAGUCUUGGUGCCUUGUUGUGAAGCUCUGCUGACGUCAUGCAUUCGUGUGAUUGGAUGCUUUGCAUCUAGCCUUAAAGGUGAAAGGGAAAGUGGGAAAGGGGACCGAGGCUCAUAAACAAAGAGGGGAAGGAGCCGGAAUGUAAGCAAAAAAACAAACAAAACGAACACCCCGAACUUCUCAAAAGUCUAUUUUUGUUACAGAAGUGUAAAAAUUUAUAAAUAAAUUCAGCAGUUGGAAUGUUGUAGUUACCUACUGAGUAGGCAGCAAUUUUUUGUAUGUUAUGAACAUGCUGUUCAUUAUUUUUGUGGUUUUAUUUUUGACUUUGUACUUGUGUUUGUUUAAACAAAAGUGACUGUUUGGCUUAUAAACACAUUGAAUGCGCUUUACUGCCAAUGGGAUAUUUGGUGUACAAUAUACCCUCUGGAUAAGUCAAUAAAGAAAAAAAAAAUCU